AUGGUAGAACAACAACAACAAGAAGAAGAUAUUUGGGGUCAAAUUUUAAGAGAAUCAUCAAAUAAAAACAAUUAUUUCGAAAAAAGAGAUGUUGCAAUUUUAGGUGAUCCAACAUCUGGUAAAUCAUUAUUAUUAUCAAAAUUUGAUACAGUUUCAAAUGUAGAAUCAUUAAAGAGUAUUGCAUUAAGUUAUACAUUUUCAGAUAUAUACGAGGAUGACACAUCAGAGGAUCCAGUUGGUAGAAUCAAUUAUUGGUCUUUAGAAGGUGAAGCAUCCCAAAAUGAUCUCUUAAAAUUCUCACUCAAUAAAGAAAAUAUAAAAAAUUGUAUGGUCAUUAUAACUUUAGAUUUUUCACAACCAUGGAAUUUAGUUGAAUCAUUAAAGAAAUGGUUAGGUAUUUUAGAAGAACAUAUUAAAUCAAUUUUUAAAGAUGACAAGAAUGGUUUUAAAAAUUUACAGGAUAAAUUAUCAAUUAAAUGGCAUGAAUAUGAAGAACCAACUACAACAGCAGCAACAACUACUACAACAACAACAUCAAAUAAUAUAGAGAAUAAUACAAAUAAAACAUCACCAACAACAGAUAAAAUACAAACUAAUAAUGUACAGAAAAAAAAGAAAAAGAAAGUUAAUAUUUCAUCAGCAGAGGAUGCAAGUGUAUUACCACCAUUAAGUGAAAAUAUUUUAAUCAAUAAUUUAGGUGUACCAAUUUUAGUUGCUUGUUGUAAAAGUGAUUCAGUCGUUAUGCUUGAAAAAGAUUUCGAUUAUAAAGAUGAAUUAUUUGAUUAUAUUCAACAAUAUUUAAGAAGAAUUUGUUUACAAUAUGGUGCUGGUUUAAUUUAUACAUCAGCAAGAAAAGAAAUUAAUUGUGGUGUUACAUUAGAAUAUAUUGAGAAUAUUUUAUUUGGAUUUGAAUUGAAAUCAAAGACACAAUUGAUUGAAAAGGAUCAAAUAUUUGUGCCAGCAGGUUGGGAUACAUUAGCAAAGAUUCAAGUAGAUUUUGAGAAUCAAAAAGUUUGUAAAGAUACUGACGAACCAUAUGAAAAUAUUGUAAAGAAACCAUCAAUCAUUAAAAGAAGAGAACAAACUCAAACCAAUAGUAUAAUUUGUGAUGACGAUCAAGAUUUCUUGGGUAAAAUUAAAUCACAAUUGGAUAAUGACGAUCAAUCCUCAAUUAAUUCUCCUUCUACUCCAUCACCAUUAUCACAAUCUUCAAAUAAUAAUAAUAGCAAUAAUAAUAUCAAUAAUACCUCAACCCCAUCAAUUAAUACACCAUUACAACCAACUGAUAAACCACUUAGUGAUAUUAAAUCAUCAAACAAUCCAGUUGCAGCUUCACCAAGUGCAGAAAGAGCAGCUUUGGCAAACUUCUUUACAAGUUUAAUCUCAAAAGAUAAGACCUCUUCAAGAAAAGAUUUGAAAUCUUCAUUAGCAUCACCACCAACAACUUCUGUUUCAAGCAAUGCAAGAGAAGAUGCUAAAAAGGAACUCGAUAAAUUAAAACAACAAAAGAAAUAA